ACGCUGCGCACACACUGGACAUCAGCAUCAGCCAUUUUCCUCUGCUUCCUGUCCCCCCUCCUCCUCCUCCCCGCUUAGCGCUGAUCCUCAUCAGCAGACAGUCCCCUACAGCCCGCAUCCGAGCCUCUGCUAUACUCCUUCGGGAUGGAGACGACCAAGCUACCCCCCAGCCCCUCCUCCCCCACCACAGGCUUCACGGUGCCCUCCGCGGAGAAGGUGGACGGCUUCCCACGGAGGUCCAUGCGCCGGGCCCGUCAGAGGCGAUCCCACAGCUCGUCCCAAUUCCGCUACCAGAGCUCCCAGGUGGAGCUCACCCCGCUGCCGCUGCUCAAAGAUGCCCCGGUAGCAGAUCUCCACGAUCUGUUCUGUAAGAAGCUGCAGCAGUGCUGUGUGCUCUUUGACUUCCUGGACUGUGUGGCUGACCUGAAGGGCAAAGAGAUCAAACGAGCUGCUCUCAAUGAGCUAGUGGAGAGUGUAGCCACCAGCAGAGGAGUGCUGAUCGAGCCGCUCUACCCCGAGGCUAUUAAGAUGAUCUCGGUGAAUAUCUUCCGGACACUGCCCCCAAGUGAGAACCCUGAGUUUGACCCAGAGGAGGAUGAGCCCACACUGGAGGCAUCCUGGCCACACCUCCAGCUGGUGUAUGAGUUCUUUCUGCGAUUCCUGGAGAGUCCAGACUUCCAGCCGUCCAUGGCCAAGCGCUACGUGGACCAGAAGUUUGUCUUACAGCUGCUGGAACUGUUUGACAGUGAGGACCCCAGGGAGCGGGAGUACCUGAAGACCAUCCUACACCGCGUCUACGGCAAACUGUUGGGACUGCGGGCGUACAUCCGCAAGCAGAUCAACAACAUCUUCCUCAGGUUCAUCUAUGAAACUGAGCACUUCAACGGUGUGGCUGAGCUGCUGGAGAUCCUGGGCAGCAUCAUAAACGGCUUCGCUCUGCCUCUGAAGGCGGAGCAUAAACAGUUCCUGGUGCGAGUGCUGAUCCCUCUGCACACGGCUAAGUCCCUGUCCAUCUUCCAUGCACAGCUUGCCUACUGUGUGGUGCAGUUCAUGGAAAAGGACGCCACAGUCACUGAAUACAUCAUCAGAGGUCUGCUCAAGUACUGGCCCAAGACAUGCACGCAGAAAGAGGUGAUGUUCCUGGGGGAGAUUGAGGAGAUCCUGGACGUGAUUGAACCUUCUCAGUUUAUAAGGGUUCAGGAGCCACUCUUCAGACAGAUCGCUGUCUGCAUCUCCAGCCCACAUUUCCAGGUGGCAGAGAGGGCCCUGUACUUCUGGAACAACGAGUACAUCUUGAGCCUGAUUGAGGAGAAUUGUCAGGUCAUCCUUCCCCUGGUGUUCGCCACGCUCUACAGGGUCUCCAAAGAACACUGGAACCAGACCAUCGUGUCUCUGAUCUACAACGUGCUCAAGACCUUUAUGGAGAUGAACAGCAAACUAUUUGAUGACCUCACUGCAUCCUACAAGGUGGAGAAGCAGAAAGAGCUGAAGAGGGAGCGGGAGCGCGGCGAGCUCUGGCGGGGGCUGGAAGAGUACCAGGAGCGCCGGCUGCAAAUGCUCACUGAAGCCGCUCGGAACCAACGGAACCUCCAGGAGAGAUCUGACAGAGGGGAACCGCCCAAGGCCUGCAGCCCAACGCAGGGUCAUUCCGAUCAGCCGCAGCACAAGCCCAGCGGGGGGUCCAGUGCGGCCGGGGAGAGCGCCACCUAG